AUGUGUGAAGACUCUUCUGGAGGUAGAUUUAUCCCACCGAAGAUCAACUCCCUUUAGAGAGGAAGAAUUUUAGAACACGUUAGUAAGAACUUUUUUUUUACCCAUUUUAUCUUUAAAAAAUCUCUUGACCCUGUUGAAGAUGUUUAAUGUGAUCCAGAAACCGCGAAUAGCCUCAAUCCGAGCCCUGAGGCAUUCAUUUCUCAUGCUCCCCGACCCAACGACGACAGAGGUGCGAAGAAGAAGCUGAAGACGUCGAUUGGCACGCGGCGCCAAAAAAGGAGUGUAUCGACUUCUGCCGCCAGCUGCGUUUUUCGCAUUCCUUCGGACUCUGCGCACUUCCUACCUACCGAACUUUUCUCGGAGUGAGGAAAAACCUCACUUCUGCAUUUUCUCUUUUUUUUGUCUCAAAAAUUUGGUUUUUUAAACACUCAAACCUUUGUUCGCGAUGAAUGGAGAAUUUCUUCUACGGAAAAUUAUCUUUGUCAAUGUAGUCCUAGGCAACGUUCAUUAAAUGAGACUGCUGACGAAGCUUUUAUACAUACUUCAACGCUACCAAAUUUGUCGAAUCACAUAUUGAAGCAUUGUCGGCAGUCUUUUUCAAUCAACUUUCCUAAGACUAAAUCCACAGAACAGUUGAUUGCAGAAAAUUUCUAUCCACCAGGGAUGAGCCAUGAGUAAAUAAUUUCUUUCUUGCAGACAACACUUGGUCAAUUUUUAGGAAAAUAAAACCAGCGCUUUUGUUUCUCAUGAGCUUUCUCCCGUGUGAAACUCGUUGUCUGCCCACAAAGGACGGCAGAUUUCGUGCUUCGUGUUUCUGUGAUUCUAUAGUAGCGAGUCUUGAAAGUCCAAACUGAUGACAAAGUCUGUAGUUUUGAGAAGAAAAAAUCAAAUAGUUCACCUAGCAUGUUCGCCAAUAUUUACUUUGACCUCCCUGUUCUCCCAAAUGAAGAAGUUGGUUGGAACUUUUAGAGUCUCCAUCUAGUACAAAAUAACUUGAGCCAAUACCCUAAAAAUUGCAAAACAGAGAGAAAUAUGAUCUACUUUGUCAAAACGUUUAAUUUUGAUUAUUUUUCAAUGUCGCCUACAUUAUGUAGGUUUAGAACUGAAUACUUGUUUCAAAAGUUUCUUAGUGAGCCCGUUUGUCGGUCUUUCAGCUGAAAUGACAACGGUUUUUAUUAUUCUCCGAGAGAACCAGUGGAUUCAAAGAAUUGGCAACAUUGAGAUCGAUCCUGCAUUCGGAAUUACCUCAAAGCGGGGGAAUCCACGGAAAUGCAUGGCGACAUAAGCUGCGUGUCCUCGCCGAGGAAAUCUCUCGCGGGACAGCUGCCGCCGCCGCUCCUUCCGAAUUGUUCCCGCUUCUUGCUCUUCCGCCACACUUGCCAUCCCCUUUUUCGGCCUCCGAGCUUCUUCUCUUCUCUGUUUGGAAAUGA